AUGAUUUGGCAAUUAACAAUUAAUUGGUUGCGAAUACAGUUACUAUUACUGCUAGUAUUACAACUACACUAUGGUUCAUCUGCAGAACAACUCACAUUCGACGUGCAAAAAUGGGCCAAUCUUUUGAGUGAGCAUCUGCAUGAAAUGUUUAAUGAUGCUACCAAGGAAACUGAUAUCAUUGCGAUGUACAAAAAUUACGGUGAAGUUGAAAUAUUUGAUCCUCGAAUAGAGCUUAAAAGGGCAAGAAACGCAGUCGAGUCAUAUUUAAAACGGCGUGCUAAAAUUGCUUGGGAAGCGAAAUUAUCGCUGGAAUCACGUCAUCUCGCUAAUUUCACUGAGCGUGAUGUAAAUGAUCCGACAAGCUCUCAUUUCAUACGCUUCAUGGCAGCUAAACAAGAAAAUGAUGCCGCCCGAGUGUAUGUGCAGGAUCAUACCGCCAGUGCGGUCGAGGUAAAUAGUACACGAUGGUUUAAUUUAACACCGAAUGCCAAUUUGUACGGAAUUUCAACGAGUUCACUCUCUUCAGCCGUCCAUGUUCCAACACCGGUUUAUGAUCGAAAUCCGGAAGUGUUGUUGAAAAUAGAUUGGUCUGAUAUUGAUCAUUUAUACCGAGCAAAUCAGGAAGAAACGCGUGACCUCGCUUUUCAGAUGUUUUGCUCAGAAUCUGGAUUUAUGCGAUAUUAUCCAGCAGUAUCAUGGGUAUGGGACAAUCGUGCGGAAAAACUUGAUUUAUUCGAUUGCAGAAGUACAAAAUGGUAUAUAAAUGCUGCGACGCUAUCCAAGAAUGUAAUUAUAAUGUUAGAUAUGUCUGGCUCAAUGCUUGGUCAGAGAUUCGAAAUAGCCAAACAAACUGUAGAAGCAAUAUUAGAAACACUUUCCGACAAUGAUUUCUUCAACAUAUUACUGUUUUCAAAAACAGUUGGUUUCUUGGAUGAAUGUAGCGAAAAAGCUGGUUUAUUACAAGCAACAAUUCGUAACAAAAAGAUGCUACGAGCACGACUAAAUGGCAUGUCAUCAGAAGGCAAGGCAGAAUAUGAAAAAGGCUUGAUUAAAGUCUUCGAAACAUUGAUGAAACUUCCCGGAUCAGUCAAUUUUACAACAACUGAAGAAUUGGCAUUGCGUCGGGAGUUAGCUGGUGGUAUACUACCCGCUGAUAUUCAUUACAUUGCUGUUCAAGAUCAUAUUCUUGUGGUCCCAAAUCAUCUUUAUCAGGCAAUGCGUAAUUAUACGGGAAAGAAAGCACAGUUUGGUUGUAACGAUAUCAUUAUGCUAAUUACGGAUGGAGCACCCAAUUAUUUCAAACAGAUUUUCCAUCUGUAUAAUAAAAAUAAAUCGGUUCGCUUCUUUUCAUUUCUAAUAGGGGAAGAAGCAACAGAUGUGGCACAGGUGAAAUGGAUGGCUUGUGAAAAUAAAGGCUUCAUGGUGCAUAUUAGUAAUUUGGCUGAUGUACAGGAAAAAGUUCAGCAAUACAUCAAGGUAAUGAGUCGACCGGUCGGUAAGCAUGGUGCAAGUUUUAGAGAAAAAGAUGGCAUUUGGAGUGGCAUUUAUAAGGAACGAUUGAAAGCCCGAAUCAAACGUGUGGAUCCAAGGACAGAAAUGUUGGUCACAACAGUAAGUUAUCCUGUGAUCCAAGAUGAAGAAUUGAUGGGAGUUGCUGCCGUUAAUGUACCGGUCAUUGAGUUAUCACAACUCGUUCAUACUGUAAAUUUUGGAAGUCGAAGCUAUGCAUUUAUGUUGGAUAACAAUGGUUAUGUUAUGUUUCAUCCACAAAUGCGCCCUUUGGAUCCGGGAACAAAACAGAUGAAGUUGAAUUAUAACAAUAUUGAUAUUCUGGAACUUGAAGUGCCACAAAAUCAGCAAAUAUCAGACGAUCAUUUAUCAAUGAUGAAUCGUUUACAGUACGAUACUAGUGAGAUGCGUAGCUCAAUGAUUAAUUGUAAUAAUGGCAAGGCAUAUACCUUAGAUAUAUUGUAUGCAACGUCCAAUUUGCUGAAUAAUGUUUCAAAUGAUAUAUCGCCUCAUCACUUUGAUUACAGCAUCGGAUUGGCAGUAGCGAAAGGUGAUGAGAAACGAAUAAAACCAAAGAAAGAAAUAAACUAUGGUGAUGUAAAGUUAUUAUGGUAUGAUAUGCCAAACUGGCUGAUGCAUCCCACCUGGCGCUAUUGCUUACUGAAUGACCACGACACGCAAUUAACACCUGAGGUUGCAUUUCGUGAAUAUGUUCGAAAAAUGCGUGCAGAUGGACGUCUGCCUAAACUUUGUGAAUAUCGAAAGCUUCUCAUUGAUCGAUUCCUGUUUGAUAUGAAAGCAACGAAUGGUUUGACAAAUUUGUGGGAUGUUAAUUGGAAGGAUAAUAAAAAGAAACAAAUUCACCUUGUUUGGUUUGCUACCGCUUCGGGUAUGGUAAAAUAUUGGGAUGAAUUACCGGAUGGAUUGACAUAUGUCAAUCCUAACCUAUCACCAACAAUGGUAGCAGAAAUCGGAUCGGUACCAAAGCCAACAGUGGCUUCAACAGGUGCUCAAGCAAUGCCGAAACAGCAAAUAAGCUACCAGCAUUUUAUCAAAGACUUAAAUCGUCAUGCCAGUGAAGAUCAAUACUUUCAACGUAGCAUUCGAAUGCCUGGACGUUUGGUUGUUGAUGUAAACAAAGAAACCUAUCUUUGGUAUCAAAAAGAAACGCAAUCAAUAUACGGUCAUCCAGAAAAUGUUUCACUUCUUUUAACGGUCACUAAGGCACUGGACAUUGAUGGUGCAUUGGUUGGUGUGGUGGGAUUAGAAUUGACGCUCGACUAUAUGGCGAAAGUAAUGAAGAAGUUUGGUUGUGGGCCACAGGAUGAGCGUCGAUGGUGUUUUUUGUUGGAUGAGCAUGCAUAUAUUGUUUACAGUAGUUUGAAUACUUCUGUGAGUAGCAGCAAUGGAUUUUCUGGAGAUGAAACAAGAAUGCCGAAAAAUUUCGAUUUGUUGGGACGUUGGUUUGGAUCGGUGAAUCGAAUUACAGAAAGAACGAUGACGCUAUUGUUGAAAAAUAAAUAUUAUACCGAAACAGUUUAUGUUGAUUAUCAAGCAAUCUGUAAACAGAAUGAAAUGGUCAUGUAUACUGCUGGUGCUGCUUUUAGGAUUAACGCAAUAUUUGGAUCGUUACUGCAAAUUUGGAGUCGAUUAUUAGCAUUAUUACAAAAUUUUGCCAUUUACCAAAUAUUCACAUCAUUAAUACAUCCUCAUGUUGAUGCAUAUACUGCAACAUUUACCGGCGAUACGGACACAUUUUCAUGCGAUAAAGCGGCGAAAUACUAUUUGGCAAAUUGGGGCGUAGAGAAUUGGUCAACGAAUGGAUCGAGACGUGAAUUGCCAAAAUCAUCAGCGCUAGUUGCUGAUAAUUUAUCUGAGCGCCCAUGCAAGCAUAAUCCAGCUAAAUGUGCUGUAAAAAUGUAUGCUCAUUGGGUGCCAAAUACCAAUUUGUUGUUGGUUAUUAUUGUGCAAAGCAAUCCGGCAUCAACUUCCUCUGUUUGCUAUGAUGAAACACGAUGUCCACUCUCUACACCGUCCGAAUUUAUGACUGCAUACAGUCAGGUGGAUAACGCUUCGGACAAGCAACAGAUGAACACAGGUACAAACAUGGUGAAUUCAUUUUCUGAGGAUGUUGGCGAUAGGAAAUGUCGACAUGUUCAUGCAAAGCAACGUAAAUCACCAUCGAAAUGUAUACAUUCUGAUGAGGAUGAAUCACAAUAUCCGUGUUCUCAGAUGGCAUCUCGUUUGGUACCAUUUGGUACGAGAAUUCCUUUACUGGUCACUAUUAUUUGUGGAAUAGCAUAUUUCAUGUUAUAA